CGUAGUUCCGCCAUAAAACUGUUGUUGUUGCUCUAGACUGGGGAUGAGGCGAGUAAUCGCGCGAGAGUUUUAAGGUCUUCGGACUUCUUAAAUCUAACAUGGCGGUGAAAGCGAGGACGUUUUUUUGGUUAUUUUCCGUGGAAACGAGAAGAAAAGUAGGAGGCUAGCAGAACGGCGCUGCGGUGUCACAUGAUUUGGAGACCGCGAGCUGCCCCAGUCCAACAUGGUGGCCGGCUGGACGGGCGCGCGCGUCUGCUGGAUCACAUCGCUCCUGUGCGCGCUCAGCGCGAGCGCCUGCAGGCGGCAGACCCUGCCGCACGUGUUCGGGUUGCGACUAGAGGAGGCUAACGAUCGAGUGUACAUGCGCGGAAGCGUCAUUACAGCUGCGUACGGAUCUAGUUUCAAACUCAGAUUAUUUGGUGACUGCCCACCUAACGGGACUUGGCCGAGGCUCGCGUUUGCCGGAGACGCUAAAGAUGUGCAACAGGCAGGUGCUGCGCGGCUCGCAGACGAUCCCUGCAGGCACGAGAGUCUAAGAAAUUCCUCCGCUUUCCAAGUCCACGGGGAGUUUGAAGCGGACGAAGAAAUCAGCGGCCUGAUAGAAGUUCACACCGUGCAAAGAAAGCUCUCUGCAGCCGAACAAGAGGAUGGCGAACGGCCGGCUUUCCACCACUUGUGCAUAUUUAAAGAGCAGCACUGGGAAUCAGUUGGGUCAGACAGAUUCCGUGUAAAGUAUCUCGAUUUACCACCCGAUGCUGUUCCCACCUGGGGUCUCGCCAUCAUCAUUAUUGUACUCGUGUUUAUUUGUGGGGUGAUACGAAGUUUAAACCUAAGUUUGCUUUGGCUUGAUCCCGUGGAGCUGUAUGUGCUCCACAGCUGUGGCUCUGAAGACGAGAGACGGGUCGCCAAGCGCCUCGAGCCCAUUCGGAGGAGAGGCAACUUUCUGGUGUGCGCGUUACUGGUGAUAUGCGCUCUCUGUCACGCUGCACUCGGUGUGUUUGUUUACCGCGCGUUUGGGUCCGUCUUACCCGCUGUACUCACGUGUGGUGCUCUCAUAUUCUUGCUUGGCGAGUUGUUACCCCACAUACUAAGUUCAGGCUAUGGAUUCCAGAUCGCUCCGGGCAUGAUAUGGCUAGCCCAAACGUGUUUGAUUGCAACUUGUCCGCUGUCUUGCCCCCUCGGUCUGCUUCUCGACUUGGCCCUUCACCGCGACGUAAGCACGUGUGGUGUGCGCGAGAAAAUAAUGGAGAUGAUCCGGUCUAACGUUAAUGAUCCUUAUAACGAGUUCGUUAAAGAGGAAUUCCGUCGAGGUACUUUGAGGACCAAAACAGUUGAAGACAUCUUGACCCCUUUGAAAGACUGCUUUAUGCUGCCAUCUACAGCAGUGCUGGACUUCAGCACCAUGUCUGAGAUUAUGCAGAGCGGCUACACCCGGGUUCCUGUGUAUGAAGAAGAAAAGUCAAAUAUUGUAGAAAUCCUUUAUGUAAAGGAUUUGGCCUUGGUAGACCCUGCAGACUGCACACCCAUGACAACAAUCACAAAAUUCUAUAAUCACCCUCUGCAUUUUGUCUUUAAUGACACCAAGUUGGAUGCUAUGCUUGAGGAAUUCAAGAAAGGAAACUCUCACCUGGCCAUAGUGCAGAGAGUGAAUAAUGAGGGCGAGGGAGACCCUUUCUAUGAGGUGCUGGGACUGGUCACACUGGAGGACGUCAUCGAGGAGAUCAUAAAGUCAGAGAUCCUGGACGAGUCUGAUGGCUACGUGAACAUGAAAGUGAAGCGUCCUCUGGCCCCGUUGGCGAUUCCUCUGGAGCCGCGUGUGACGCGGGAGGAGUUCUCCCUCUUCAAGGUGCCUGAAGGCGAGCCUAAGAUCCGGACGUCUCCUCAGCUGCUGCUUGCCACGCAUCGUUUUCUCUCCAGAGAGGUGGAGCAUUUCAGUCCCCAGCGUGUCUCAGAAAAAGUGCUAUUUCACCUCUUGCGGCACCCGAACGUCAACCAAGAAGUGAAAUUUGACCCAAGCAACCGGCUGAGUCCUGACCACUACCUGUAUACACGGAACCACCCCGUGGACUAUUUUAUUCUGCUACUGCAGGGGCGUGUGGAGGUAGAGAUUGGAAAAGAGGGCUUAAAGUUUGAGAAUGGUGCAUUUACUUACUACGGCGUCUCGGCUCUGACUGCACCUUCCUCUGUGCAUCAGUCUCCAGUCUCCACGCAGUGCCGCUCUCCCAGAGACCCCUUUGAGCUGGGAGAGGCCACCAGCCCAUCCAGCUACUGUCCUGACUACACGGUCCGAGCCCUCGCCGACCUGCAGAUCAUUAGGGUAACCCGCCUGCAGUAUCUCAAUGCCUUGAUGGCAUCUCGGGUAGCACAAAGCCCUGGCCUGCCUGUUAAUAAGGUCCUGCCCAACAGCCAGACCAAACUCCUAAAUGAGAAGAACUCUACCCAAGACUUUCCUCUUCAGUUUUCUUUCUUUGAUGCAUUUGACAACUACUGUUAGUAUACUUUGCAUGAGGUGCAAGCAGGAUCCAGGAAUGCAGGGAAGAGGAAACUCUGACCCUUACAGAAGCUGUCUGACUUUCUGUCUAAGCGAUUUAACUUCAGCUCACAAGAAGGUUUGCCUUUUAACGUCCAGCUUGACUUUCGUCAUUCUUUUUUUUUUCCUCCCCAUGUCUGGAGCGCACAGAUUUUUUUUUACAGAUGUUGUGAAGCUCUGUGGGUUGUUUGUUUGUUUGAGAUGGGGCAUCCCCUACUGUCAGCAUCCUCCACCAGGUCUCGUAGUCUUUCUUCGGCACCCCUACUGGUUUAAAGUAUCCUGCGCAAUUUGUGUGUGUGUGUGUGUGUGUGUGUGUGUGUGUGUGUGUGUGUGUGUGUGUGUGUGUGUGUGUGUGUGUGUGUGUGUGUGUCUGCGCGCACGUGUGCGUUUUCAAAUAUAUUUGUGCGCCCCUUGAGUGAUGCAUGCGGCAUGGUCAUACAACUCUGAGCCCUCUGGAUAUGCAUCUUUAUGUGCCUAAAGGACAAGCCAGUGCCGACGAGAGCAGCAGGAACUGCUCUGGGAUUUGGGAACACCUGUCAGUCCGGAAUAUGCAGCACACCUAUAACAACCCCCCGCCACCACCUUGCAUUUUACAUGCAAGCCAAAAUGUAUACUAAUAAACAAGUAGAACAGAAGUGAAAGUUUCAUGGAUGCAUUUUUGCAUGUUAAUCAGCUUUAACUGCAGUAGUUAUUCUGAGACCCUCCAGAAAACAAGAGAAUUAAUAUCUUUUCCCUUUAGAUGAGGUGUAGAUAGAAAUGCAGUCUGGGUGCAAAGUACAGUAUUGCUGUAAUAUGAGGUGAAUGUUCAGCUAGUCACUGUGUACAGGAGUGGACAGUUUGAUGUUCCUGACCCUGCAUAUAUUUGCUAAAUUCAGACAACAGGCUGCCUGUGUUUUGAACGUGUUCAUGUACUUUUUCUGGGAUCUGUUUUUAAUUCUAAAUAUAUCUCUCCCUGUCCUUUGAUCAGCGGAUCAUCAUGUAACAUUUACAAGGUGUCUCUCAGAUCAUUAUUGAGACAUAACUUUGAGUGGGUCAGUAUAUGUGUGGGUUUGUGGGAAAGAGAUUAAAAUCUGUUCAUAUAAGUGAGAUGCUGACUGAUUUGAACUCUUGUUGCACUAAUGUUGGGUUUCUUGCACAAAUGUCGAUCACACUAUCCAUCCUCUAUGUGCUCUCACACAUGGUGAACCACAUAGAUGCCUGUGAUUCACUACUACCAGGUACCUUCACUCCUUGCAAGACAUGAGUUACGACAUGGUGUUUUUUCCAAAGCCAAUGACAUUCCCCUAUUCACCUGUCUGGAAGUGCUUGGGUUGCAUGACCUCAGUGUUGCCAUGGUCUUUGUCUUGGAAAAGGUUUGAGGCUGGAAACAGAUGGAUUCACAACUUAAUGAUCUCUCAUUUGUUUUUACUUUUUCUGGGGUCAUUUUGGUAAUGGGUAUGUAAGCGAGACAUCUUGGAGCCGUCUGCUCUGGUUCAGCAGGACUGGUGUCGUCUUUGCUCUGGAUGCAUAAGUUCCAGAUCACUAAGCUGGUGUGUUCAUAAACACUGAAAAAUGCACUUCCAUGGGUCAUUUUAUUUUUGAAUGAAUGUUGUUCAUCUAAUUGUAAUGAACUCGGAGUGUAAUCCCAAGUUAAUGUUUUUUAAGAUGUUAAAAUUCAUUGUACUCUUUGUUGAACUGUUGCUUUGUAUUCUCUUUUAAGAAUGAAUGUAUAUAGUAAAACUUUCUUGCUCUACUGUAUUUAUCUGGAAAAAUGCUGUUCUUUCCUUUUUGGUAGGAUAGAGAUUGCUGUAUAUUAAUUUACUUAAAUGAUAGAAUAUAUCAAUGGAGAAUAAUUGCUGGCAGAUGAUUUUAAUUUUUAUAUAUAUAUUUUUUUUUUCUUCAGGUACAAAACAAUUGUAAACAGCGUUUUUUUGUUUUUGUUUUGUUUUUUGUAGUAGUAAUUCUAAACCUCUCUGUAACAUUGAAUACUGCUUGUUGCAUUGAAUGCUCUGUUUCAACUGUUUCUUAGGAAAUAAAACCAGACCAGUGUGCAAGCUGUACUUUGAA